ACCAUAUUUCAUUGAGUAGUCCAGAAAUUCCAAAUUCGCCGUGUUCUUUCAGAAAUGUUCAAUGUGGGAAGCCAUGACGUCAUAAUGUCUAAUGAGGACAAUACAUUGAACAAAUCGCCGUCGAGAGGGUCGAGCCCAAUAGACAAUUCCAAGGUAAUCAAGAUACAAAGAACAGACAUGUCUACAUUUGAUGAUAGCUUCUCUUUCUUGCGAGAAAAAUUCACUGCUGAAAUGAAAAGGAUAGAAGCAGAGAUGGACAAGUUAAGUUCGGAGCUAAAGAAAAUGCAUCACGAAUCACCAACCCUGACAACCACCGCACAUCCUAUGUCGAUGAAGUCACACUAUGAGGACAGAGCUUGGGAGACCAUUGCCUCGCCCCUCAUCCAAGGUGAUGGAGAAGAGAGGAUGCUUAAUCUGCGGUUUGAUGUAAGCCAGUUCGAUCCGUCAGAGGUUAGGGUAAUAAUUGAAGAAGAUACCUUAACAGUGACAGCUUAUCACGAAGAACACACUGACCACAGCAACGUCGUAAGGUCUUUUCGCCGAGACUUCACCCUUCCAAAAGAAGUCAACCCUGACUCCGUUAUUUCCUCGUUGUCAAGAGAUGGUGUACUUACCGUACAAGCACCGGUAAAUGUUGGUGACAUUGACGCCUAUAUAAUGAAUCAAAAUCAUUUAACGCAACAACAGUGCUUGCACAGGGGCGGGUUCAAGAAUGUUCAAAAUCGGUACUCGUAAGUGAAUGCAUAAUUACUUACAUAAACUUGUCAAGAGAGAAUAAACAAUUGUUACAGAAUGUGAAAAAAUACGUACAAAAAUAAACAUUUAAUUAU